UUUUGGGAGACUUAUCCCCACAAUGGGAAAGGCGGGAGCUCAGACAGCCCCGGGGUGGAUGUGGCCGGGCUGGUGGCCGGGCUGGUGGCCGGGCUGGUUCUGAUGAUCAUGGUCGGCGUCAUUGCCAUGUACUGGGUCAAGUACCGGUCCAAGGAGCGCAGGCAGCGCAGCGUCCACGUGCCCCUGAAUCCCGACGUGCCCCUGACCUGCCUCCCUGGGGACCCCAAGCCGCUGGGUCCCCCCGGGCUGCCCUCGUACCAGGAGGCACUGGAGGCGUCGGGAGUCCACGACGCGCCUCCCCCGCCUUAUCCCAGGGCUCCCAGCUCUUCCACCCAGCCCCGCUGAUCGGACCCACAGCCACUGGAUUGCUGCUGUGGGCGGGGGAGGGAGAUGUGGCGAGUGUGCGUCCGUGGGACACAAUGAGUGUGUGGAUGAAUGUGUGAGAUGCACGGUGAGUGUGCAACGCGUGAAGGGAAACGGGGUGAAUGUGUAGGUGUGAGUGUGCGAGGUGACCUUGCGAGGUGAGUGCAAAGGGGGUGCAAGGCAGAGGGCACAUGGGACUGGGGUGAGUGUGCAAGACUGGGGGGGCAUGUGUGAUGGGGCCAUGUAUGUAAGGCACGUGGGUGUAUGUGCCCGGGGUGUGCGUGCGUGAGUGAGACAUGAGGGUGCAUGUAAGUGUGAUGUGGGGCGAGUGUGUGAGGCUGGGGGCAUAUGUGAUGGGGAGUGGGUGUGCAACAUAUAAGGGAUAUGUGUGAUGGGGAGCGGGUGUGCGAGAUACACGGGGUGUGUGAAGUGGAGUGAGUGCAAGGAUGAGGAAUGUGAUGGAGAGCAGGUGUGCGAGACAUUGGGGCAUGUGUGGUGUGGGAUGAGUGUGCAAGGCUAGGGUCAUGUGCAACAGGGAUGGGUGAGUGUGCCAGACACAGGGGCAUGUGUGCCAGAGAUGAGUGAGAGACGGUGGGCGAGCACAUCCAAGCGUGCGAGACACAAGUCUGUGUGUGGAGGAGUGAGGGGGCACAAGCAUGCUGGGUGGUAUACACGCACAACGGGGUGAAUGUGAGGAUGAAGCGAGCGUGCGACACACUGAGCAUGUGUGCAAGGCACAAGUGUGUGCAUGGGCCGCGAGUGGCGUCUGACAGAGUGCUGGGCACUGGGGGUGCACCUGGCCCCCCAACCCUCUGUCCACCCCAUUCGGCAGCACAGAGGAGCCGGCUGGGGAUGGCGCUGACCCACCCGGUCCCCAUCCCCCUGGAGCCGGCUGCACCGGGGCUGGGACCCGCCUCCCGCACCGGGAUUGAUGUCAGCGUAAUAAAGCGCCAGCCGUUUGCUAGAA